UUGUCCGGCAUCGUGUCUACGGCGGCAGCGCGGUCUGUGUGUUGUUUUCUAGCGGCCCCCAUCCAAAUGUGAUUUCGUGUAUAUUUUGAGGAAAUUCAAUGACCUCUUUGUGUUCUUGACAUUGCAAAUGAUCCACCAUAAUGGACUGGACAGGGAGCGUCGGCUGCCAGAACUGUGUGGCGCUGAAUAAGAAAUUGGAGCUAUUUGAUCUUUUAAAACAAAAAUGUUGCAAGACCGAUGAUAUUACCAAAAAUUUUCUUCUUCUGAAAACAUCCUAUGAAAAGUCUGCUAAAUUAUUAGAGAAUAAAUCCAAGAAGCUAUCAGAGGCACGAAGUAAGCUCAAAGAUGCUGCGAAGGCUGAAGAAAUUUCUAAAAGGAAAGCGGCUGAGUUCCAGUUGCGCCUUGUUUCCUCUGACAUUAAAUGUCAAGACCUCUUGAAGGAACUUGAUGCUGAGCGAAAGAAGAAUGCCACUCUUCUCCAGGAAAAAUGUCACUUUGAAAAUCUAGUUGAAAGAAAAGAAAAUGAAAUUACUUCAUUGAAUAUCAAAUCCAAACAGUGUGAGGAGAAAUUUUCAAACGACUUAAACAGCAUAAAUGCUAAAAUGGAGAAGAAAAUUAGCAGGCUGAAGGCUGAAGUACUAAAACAGCAAGAAUUAAAUUCAAAGUUGAAAGGUCCUGGUAAUCACAAGAAAAAGUAUGACAAGCUGAGGGAAGAUAUUGUAGAUAUCUUUAAGGAUGGCUUAAUUCUUGCUGGUGAGCCCUUAAAAAGGUUUAAGAAAUUAUUUAAUCGACUCCAAGAAAAUGAAACAGCAGCCAAGCUUGAGGCCAUGUUAGACACUCCAUCAAUGACUCCUGAUGGAACGACAAGCUCAGACACUGGUGUCUUCUCUGGUGAUGAGGAUUUUGGCUGCCCAUCUCUUGAAAAUGAUUUGGAAAUGAGCUCUGACAAUGAUGAAGACUUUGAAAACAUGGAACUGCAGUCCGAUACUCCGACACAUUCCAAAAUGUUGAUGGCCAACACUAGUCCUUCAGAAGACCGCUUCCCAACCAUGGAACUUGAUGCUGAUUUAAUACAGAACACGAGUGGCUCCAAUGUCUCAAAUGAUUCAGUUAAUGAUGGAGACAGCACUCUUUGCCCCAUCUCUACUGAUUCAAUAACUGACCAUUCUGACAUGGACUUAAAAUUGCCUUUCACCUCAGCAUCUGGCAGCUGUAAUCAUCUUGAUGCUCAAGAACCAGUAGUCACCAGUAAUAAUUUCAAGUCUUCAGCCAAUGCAGAAGGCCUGCCAAACAUAGCUGGUUGUGACUUGAAUAUCAAUAACCAUGCGAGUGUGAUGAGUCCUCUGUCCAGCCCAUCAGAAUUUAGCCCCAAAUCAACUCCAGUAAAACCCCCUCCAACAACUAUUGAGCCUAUUGCUAAUACAUCUCAUGCAGGAAUCACAGAUUCACUCUUCUCCCCACCAGGGGGUGAUGUCAGUGCUAGUUUCCAAGGCCAAAGAAAAAAUGACACUUACGAACUAUCUUUUGAUGUGUCCUCUUCUACGCCUAGUGACAAUUGCCCCAACUCUAAUGAAGUGGCACCAAGCAAAUCUGACCAAAAUUCUUCAGUUGCAAGUGAGACCUUGACAGGCAAAUCAGAUUGCAAACUUUUGGACAUCUCAGUUCCCAAAUCACCUGUGGAGUUAACAAACUCCGCAAACAGUCUUUGCUCGUUGGAAGCUUCAGAAGAGUUAGAGAUACCACUUGGAGUUGAGAAAGAAGAAUCUGCCGGUAAUUCAAAAGACUUCUGUCACAGAUCUGACGUUUCUGAUGCUGUCAGUGAUGGAAAGAGUCCGGUUGAAAAAAGCACCUCUUCUUCUAUUAGCUUAGUCCAUGAUGGACUCUCUAAAGUUUUGCAAGAUUACAAAAAGGGCUAUGCAAGUUUUGUGAAAGGAGAGUCAUUUAUUCCUUCUAAAGAUGGCAGAUCAACUAAGAAGAAGAAACCAAGUGAUAACUGUUUGGAGUCUGAAAUUAGUGCUGCUAUCUCAAAAUUGUCUGCAUUUAAAUAUCAACCUCCAUCUGAUAACCCAAGCUGUUCUGCAAAUAUUCAUCAUGACCUGAGUGAUAACAGUAUUAAAGACACCAAGUCUCAAGAAGAUGAAUUGGAUUUGGACUCCAUGUUACAUGAAUGGAAUCCUCCCACACCCAUUCUACCCUUUUCUGACGAUUCCUGUGGCUUUGAAAGCAUUUUAUCCAAUAAUUUGCUUGAAAAUUCGCCCAUAAAGUGCUUAGUGACUACGUCAGUGGGCACCAACACAGAUAUAACACACUUAAGGUCGACAGCUUCAAGCCCCAUUUCACACCUAUUUGUCCAAGAUUCAUCGUUAUCACCUGACAAAGGCUUCAAGCAUGAGAGAAUAUUGAAAAAUGCUUAUUCUAGCCCCCCAAAAUUAUCUUCCUGCGAUAGAGCUUCCAGUCCAAUGAAAAUUAGGUGCAAAAACAUUGGUGUGAUGCCCAUUGCAGAGUUUACUAGGAAUGUUGCUGUAAGUCCAGUUAGGACGACAAAAAGUAGUAUUGCCACAAGUCCUUCGAGAUCUCUCUUUAGAGAUGUUUCUGUCAGUCCUAUGCAAGUUAAGAAGUUGGACUGUGCUACAAAUACAUCUAAUUCUGGCAUUAGUGUUUCAAAUGAUUUUGAAAAUGAAGAGGAGUCUUGGUCACGUGAAGCCAAAAUGCUGCAACAAACUCUUGAAGUUCUUGGAUUAAGUACAGGUGCUUCAUCUAGUGGUGUGUUGGACCAGUCAUUAGUUGAUGAAUUAAGAAAAGCUUUAGAAAUGGCUCUAAACAAAACAUCAAAAACUGAUGUUAUUCCAAGGAGAAAACCGGUACAUUCAAAGCAGUUUGAUACCAGCUACUGCUCUUUUAAUCCUUGCGAGUUUGCAGAGAUAUGUAAUCAGCAGCAUUAUAAUCUGCAUUUAUUAGCCAAAGGUAAAAAUGUAGAGAAGACCAUGUGCUCACGGGAGAAAAAAAGACGAAGAAAACUGAAAAGGCUAAAUCACAGCAGUCGCAGACAUAAAAGCCUAUCCACUCCUUCAUUCAAAGAGGAGAUCCUGGAAGAAGAUGAUUCUAGUCAGAAGACAAAGAAGAAGCAGCUAACAGACCUAUUUGAAGACUCCAUCUCAAUGAAAGAAUUGUCUGAAAAUAAUAGUUCUAAUGUAGACAUAACAGAUAGUGAUGAGUCUUUUAAUGUUAGACCUGCCAUAUCUUCCGAAUGUUCGAUCAAAAAAUCUAUGCCCCAUCCAGAAGGUGUUGUGAGAGGCAAACGUGUUGAGCAGAUGAAUGUUAUCGAAUCUCAUAUCUCUGCUAAGAACCCAAUGACUAGAAAAUCCUUUGUUCCUGAAGCCAUCCACGCUAAGAAUAAUGAUAGACCCAAGGUCGGCGAUGGUUGCAAUUCCUCUGAAGACAAAAAUGCAAGGGCUUCCUGUACUCUAAAAGAUGCUUUAAGUGAUGCCCCUGAUGAAGAUUUCAACCCCAUUGAUGAAACUUCCUCGGAAUUUGAGAAAAGACCACUGGGCUCAGCCACUCCAAAUGGGACAAAUGUUGUGUCUCAGAGUGAACCUAACUUAGAUGAGAGUGAUUCAUCGGACGAUACCCUUAUUAUUGAUGAAAGUAUUCCUAGUACUACAACAGUUUUGCCUGAAGUAUCAGAAUGUAAUGCUAGCACUGAAGUGCCCUCUGUGCAACUUGUCCAUGAGGGUGAAAGCCUUGUUCCUGAUACUGACCAUUUUGUUCUACCUAAACCUCUUCGGAUGUCUUUAAGGAAACGUCGUCAAUCUAGCAGCAGUGAGAGCAGCACUGCAGAGAACUCCCCUGGCGUGAAUGACAGUUCAGUUGUUCUUCGUAGAUCUCCAAGAAUGAAGAAGAUUCGCAUGGCUCAUGAUGGUCAAUCUGAAGUUCUGCAAGGUUACCAAAAGGGCUACUCAUAUUCUAUGAGAGCAGAAACGUCUGUAUCUUCUGAAGGUGGCAGAUCAACUGGGAAGAACAAACCAAUUGACAACUCUCCAAAUUUGAAAAUAAGUGACAGUCUCUCCAAAUUAUCUGCAUUUAAAUUCCAAUCUCCUGCAGCGAAAAAUUUGGAUGAACAAGCCAAGUCCAACUCCGUAUCACCAGUUCCUGAAAGUGUUCAAAGAGUGAAGUCGAACACUAGACUGAGUGAUAAAUCUCUUAAAAGGAGUGCUGAAAAUGAAUCAAUAGAGGAAGAAUCUUCUAAACGCCUCAAACACCCUUCAAUUGCAAGACCCUCUGUUGAAAAUAGAUUAGCUAUAGUCCAAAAAGUUUCCAAUUCAAGUGCAGUUGCUGAAAAUGGGCUGGAGGACUCAGAUACUGAUAUGGAAUGCGAUGAAGAGCCACAUGCUGGAACAAAAAAUACCAAAGCCACCACUACUAAUAAGAGUUCCAUUGCUCGAAAGCCAUCCAAGCUGCAGAAACUGAGAUCAACUGUCAGCAAAGCGCAUCCCAUGGUUCAAGGAACAAAAAACACUAGAAGUCCAGCAGUAGCCAAAGAGCACAUUCAAGAGUCAGUUCAAUCCACGGAGCAUCCUCAUGGUUCAAAAUCAGAAAGUACAAAAAAUCCUAAGUUAGUUGAAGGUUUUGAAGAUGAAGCCUCCAUUAUUGAAAGGAUUAGAGGGAGAGGAAACAUCAGAAUGGCUGCUGCUGCAUCAGGUCGCACUGCACAACUCAUUCAAGUCAAGCCAGGCGCCAAGAGGCAUCAAAGACCACCUCUACCCAACGCUUCUGCUGAUUACAUGCCAACUAAACCUUUGCCCAGAGUGGCUAGAACUCAACCACUUGUACGCCCAGCAGAUCGUGUGAGUGCGUUAGGAAGAAGUACUCCUUCCCAUGCAACUGAAAGGUCAAUGGACCGCAUUCCUUCCACAAGCACUGAUUCAACCUCUGAAAGCCCUGGUCUUCGUAAGGAAGAUUGUCAAGGCCUAGCUGUUCUAAAUGCUCCGAAGCUAAAACUAGAGCAGUCUCUGAAGGACACAGAAGUAUCAGUGCAUCUCAAAACCGAAACCUAUGAAUCAUGUUUUAUUUCUGACAUUGAUUUGAGAAUAUCUACAUAUAGUCCUUUGGUCUAUGCUCUUAGUGAACAAGAAAAUUCUCGACCAGAAACUUCAAAUAAAAAAGAAUUAAUACAUACUCAAGUUUUGGUGGCUACAACUCUCAAGGACUUCAUUGCUGCACCAUCUUUCACUUCUACUGUGUUACAAAAAGCCGUAGAUGCACUUUCAGCUCCCAAUUUGUAUAACAUCAUGCCCGUCAUAGUGCAGAGUAUUGUAAAAAUGAUGGAUGAUGACUUUGAUACUGCCCCACUGCGUCUUGGGAACCAGCAAUCUUACGUUCCCCCACUCACCCCAGUGCAACAGCAACUAGUGACACUUAUUGUACAACUCUCUAGUCAACAUCAACAUCUGCAGCAACUGCCCCAUCAACUACUAAGACUUCUAGAGUACAGAGUGUUUAGGCUAGGAGUAACACCUGAGGGGGACCGCUUAGUGUGGUGCUCAAAAUUGCAUGCAGCAAUAUGUCGGAUACAUCGUCUUCGCACCCAAGCCCUUAUCUUUUGUUGGGACUCUCUUUAUACUCUAAGAGGUCGGUCUUACUAUGUUGUAAAAGCAGUCAUGGAUGUAUGGCCUUACCUCUUUCCUGUUAAUCCUUCAUUUGAAAAAGCAUGUCCCAACGCCCAAGUGCUUUUACAUCUCCUGCGUAGUUUUGUGGAGGAUAAAAACGGAGCUCAGCAAAGCCACUUUGAUAAUAGUUGGCUAAAGAGGCUGCUGAGGUCUAGUGCAAUGCAGUCGCUGAGUAUUAACUCCUCAACUCUAGCAUCAACAAUUUUUUCCAACUUAAUCAGUGGUGCUGCUGACACCAACGUCGCGGCGUUAGUUUUGCUUGCUAAACGUGAAGAAGAAAAUUGGACAAUGAGAGAUAUUGUAAGCAUGAGGCUGCUGCCAGCUCUAGAUAAAUGGUGUAAAAAAUCUCUUAACGAUUUGGCUGGUGAACGAGUUAUCUGGAUUUUGAGUUCAAUAUUAAGAGCAAUACCACCCGAGCGGAAUGGUAAUACUUCUGAUAAUCUUAUGAAGCUGUUAAUUAGUGAACUCUUAAAGCCAGAUACAACUUUGACACCUCAAAUGCAGGAAGUGGUAGCCCUUGGACUGGUCCUCCUCUCUCGUCAUAACGUUGAGAAUGUAGCAAUUGCUCUAGCAUCCUGGAACCCCAAAUAUGGUCCAUCAAGGGGAUUCUCAUCUCGCCUCCUUCAGUAUUUAACUUCCGUUUUAAAUAGUGGUGUUCGACCUGUACCUUGGUGGCAGAAUGUUGCGGUGAAAUAUUCCAAGUCCCAACUGGCGGACUAGUUGUUUGUCAAAUUAAUUUUAUGUUAAUUGUAUGUCAAUCUUAAAAAUCAUUUACUUUUUGUUUUGUAAAAGUUUACCAAGGAUGUGAGGGUAUUCGCCUCUGUUCCUUUGAUUUUUCUUUGAAUCAUCAAGAAAAUUGAGUUGUUAUUCUGUAAUUCUAGUUAAUGUUUGGAGAAUGUUCCAUCUGAUUGCUGGCAUGCAUGUUUGAAUAGUGCAAAUAUCAGAAUUGUCAAUAUUGUACUUCAUGUGAUUAAAACUGAAUGUGAUCUCUACAUAAUUAAAUGGCUCAAUAUGUUUUUAA